CCAAUUAGUCAGAUUAAAAUCAAACACGCCCGCAUGUUUUACUGGCUCAGGAUCAGAGAUUGCUUCUGUGCAAGGGGUAUUCAUGAGAUAUUAUGUCAGCCUUUUGUAUCCACUUUCAGAGAAGCUAAUAAAGUCAACUGUGCCUCCAAAGGUACAAGCCAUGGUUGUCAACAUGAGGCGGAGGUGUGAGACUGGACACAGCGUUGGGCGGGGAGACAGACAACCUGGAUUCUGAUCCUGGCUCAACCAUUGACACUGGACUUAUGUCUAUUGCUCUUCCCACAGCAAAACCAGCGUGAACAAACUGCACUGAUCCAGUUGGGUCCCAAAUAACUGUGUCUAUUUAAUAGGGCUAGCCAGAAAACAGGAAUUCUGUUUAGCACAAUAAUUUCAGAGGUUUCAUAUCAGAACAAAACCAAGACCUUUCAAAACGUUUCAUGAAAACAGAGAGCUCCAUCCCAGAAGAGCCAAUAGCUCAGGCAAAGUAGCAACCUAAACCUUGUUCUUCUGCACCCCAACCAAGUUCCCUAACAACCAGGAUAGCAAGUCAGCCCUUCUCACUCUCUGCAGGGACUUGAACCUGAUUCUUCAUCACAGAAUUUUUCUGCUGCUGUUCCAGGACACCACUGCCAGAUUCGUGUAGCUGCCAACAGCACGGGUGGUACAAACAUGACUCAAAGACUGAGCACCAAAGAUCUCUUGAGGGUCUCCAUCCCGAUGGAUGGGGAAUGGGAGCCGGAGAAGUGUCGCCAGUUCGUCACCGCCCAGUGGCAGCUCCUAAAUCCCAACGCCACCCUCGCAAAUGGGACAGAGAUGGAAACAGAGCCAUGCACGGAUGGGUGGACCUACGACAAGAGCAUCUUCACCAACACCAUCAUUAUGGAGUGGGACCUGGUGUGUAACCUGCGGACACUCGGACAGAUGGCUCAGUCAAUCUACAUGGCUGGGGUGCUGGUGGGAGCGCUUCUGUUUGGAAGCUUAGCGGACAGGUUCGGGCGGAAGGCUCUCCUGAGCUGGUCUUACCUGCAGAUGGCUGUCUCGGGCACCUGUACCGCCUUCUCGCCCAAUUUCACCGCAUACUGCAUCUUCCGCUUCCUUGUCGGGAUGGCCCUUUCUGGGAUCAUUCUCAACUGUAUGUCACUGGUUGUUGAGUGGGUGCCAACCAAUGUACGGACCAUAGCCGGCACAGUGGUGGGAUACUGCGCCACCAUCGGGCAGAUUGUUCUUGCAGGCUUGGCAUAUGCCCUCCCGGACUGGCGCUGGUUACAAUUCACUGCAUCAAUGCCCUUCUUCAUCUUUUUUCUCUAUUCCUGGUGGUUUGCAGAGUCCGCUCGCUGGCUGGUUCUAUCAGGAAAACCGGACCGAGCCGUGCAGGUGCUUAAGAAAGUUGCUCAGAUAAAUAGAAAAAAAGAAGAAGGAGACAAGCUCAAUACCGAGGUCUUGAAAUCCAACAUGAAGAAGGAAAUGGCCUUGGCACAAUCUUCCUACACGUUGUAUAGUUUGGUCCGCACACCCAAUGUACGCAGGAUAUCCUGCUGCAUAUCUAGUGUCUGGUUUGCCACCAGCUUUGCCUUCUAUGGCUUGGCCAUGGACCUGCAGCACUUCGGCUUCAACAUUUAUCUCAUCCAGGUGGCUUUUGGCUCCAUUGACAUCCCAGCCAAGCUGGGCGCUGCCAUCGGGAUGAGUUUCAUCGGCCGGCGAUUCACCCAGGCAGCUUCCGUCAUCCUGGCAGGGCUGGCAAUCCUGGCGAACAUAUUUGUGCCACGAGAGCUGAAGGCCUUACGUACAUCCCUGGCAGUGCUUGGGAAAGGAUGCUUAGCCUCUUCCUUUAACUGUUUGUACCUCUACACCGGGGAGCUGUACCCAACAGUCAUCAGACAGACCGGCAUGGGGCUCGGAAGCACCAUGGCUCGCGUGGGCGGCAUAGUAGCUCCGGUGGUAAGGGUGACGGGGGAAUAUUUCCCAUACCUCCCACCAAUUAUAUAUGGGACAGCUCCUAUAAUAUCAGGCAUCGCUGCUAUAUUCCUGCCAGAGACCCUCAAUGUGCCAUUGCCCGACACCAUAGAAGAAGUGGAGAGAGGGACAAGGGCUAGAGACCUAAAGAAUGAAGAUCAAAAGGAGAAGAUUCUUCUGCAGACAAUGGGGCCAGCAAUGCUGCAGGAAGCCUGAUGGUGUGAUACAAGAGGGGGCCCCUUGAGUUAGGUAGUCCUCUGCUCAAAGUGUCACCCAUGUUUCUGUACACAGCAGUACACUCACAGGGCCUGGGUCCAUGCAGUGCUACAGAGCAGAGAGAAAUUUCAGGGGAGUCACAACAAAUAAAUGGCAGAUUCCUCAA